CCACGGCAUUAAAAUAUGGAUAUCUUCUUUGUUCUUAAUCAGACAGAGUUUAAAGCUGUUGAGAUUGUGGAAAACAUCUACCCUGACAAUUUUCAAAUACGUGAAGACGAAACUGGAGAAUUUUAUAAGAUGUGGGUUGAUAAUCUAAGUGAUUUAAAUGAUGUUGAACACGUGGAGAAAACACAAAUAGUUACAUGUAGAUACACAAAAGUUGGAAAAACCGAGGAAAAAAAGACCGAUAUCUUAAUAGUGGUGCAAAACAAUCGAUUCCCUGAGUUUCCGAAACCUGAGCCCGAAACCUUUGAAGAUAUACCUAAAUCCUUUCCAACGGGUGUACCCUUUGACAUUGUUUAUCCAAACGCUAAGCUUGAGGUAACUGAUAAAGAUUUUAAUAAAUCUGCAUCUGUUCCUGAUAAUCAGAUUAUAUGUCUGGUGGAAGACGACCCACAGGAAUUGAUUGAAUGUUCUGAGACUAUGGUUGAACCUGGAAAAUAUUUGGUUUCCCUGAUGUUUAAGAAACCAGUAUUUGAAGAUUCAAAUAUUGGAUCCGAAUACACUUUUUCAAUUAAAGCGAAGGAUAAAGGAACGCCUUCCUUAGAGUCUAAUAAGAAGAGUAUAACACUGAAAUUCCGACCUGAAAACCUGUUUCCUCCUUUGUUUAGUAAACAAGUAUAUUCGGCUCAAGUACCGAACCAAAAGGUAAUUUUCCUUAGAAUCUGCAAAAAAUCAGCAAGGAAGGACUAUUUUAACCUCGGAGAGAAAAGUACUACAGGGGAGGUGGAGUUGUUAUGGAUAAAAGAGCUUCCUCUAGAAUCUAGAUCUAAGGGAAUCUUGGAACUUACCAUAAAGGCAACAGAGGUAGAUACGACGGAGAAAAAAUCUUCUGAAGCUGUCGUAGUUGUUCAGAUACCUGGAGAUAUCAAUCCACCCGUCCUAGAUCCAUCAGAGACCAGUAUCAGUUUGAGUUUUGUAUCUGGAGUUCUGACAAUGGAAACUUUAAAGAUAAAUUUGCAAGAUAAGGAUAAGUGGCAGGAUCCAACAAACGUGAAUAUUAAACUUCUCGGACAAGGAAAUGAAAACUUCCUUGCUGAAAUAUCAAAUGGUGAUCUAGAAAUUAAGCUCGCAAAUGAUGCUUCUAUUACAAAGUUACCACCUGGUGGAUAUACUACAAUAAUAGUUCAGGUUUCUAACAAAGACGAUAUUGAGGGGACAAAAAUUGGCUCAACUCUUGUAUCAGUGGCUUAUCCUUGGGAUAAAACUUCACCAAAAUUCGAUUCUGAGAUUAUCAGUGGAAGCGUUGAGAGUUCCACAGAAGCAGGCUUAGUGAUUCUAAAACAGAAUAUAUCUGCUGUUGAUCCAGAUGGAUUAUCUUCAACCUUGACAUACAAAAUUACUCCGGAAAAUACAAUGUUCUCUCUAAAUGAUCAACAAGAAUUGACUUAUAACGGCGGAAAUACAGAAGAGCGUCAAACUAUUAUGAUUCAGGUUACUGAAGAAACAGUUGAAGGGUCUGAUUCCAGGUGUUUUUUUCGACUUUUGCUGUUUUUGCUUGUUUUAUUUUAUUAUUAUUAUUAUUAUUAUUAUUUAUUUCAUGAAUAA